AUGGCCGACCCACUGCCACCACCACCGCCGGCGACCCACACUGUCCAGCUGCCCCACGAUGAGCAAAUCCCCCGCUACCCACCGGAAAUCGCCAAGAGGAUGGCGGCCCUCACCCGCAUACAAGAACGAGCCACCACGAUGGAGGCGGAGGCGUUGAUCGCCCGCGGCCGCCGGAGAUUCUUCUGCCUCUUCACUCUCAGCCUCGUCUCGCUCGUCGCCGUCGCCGCCUCUGCCGCCGCCGCAAUGUACCUCGUCUUCGAUUUCAAGUCGCCGGAGUACACUGUGCUUGCACUCGCGAUCCGAGGCCUGGAUAACCUGACGUCCUCCUCCGCGCCUAUCUCGCCGGAAAUCACCGUCACCAUCCGCGCGGAGAACCCCAACGGCAGGGUCGACAUCUACUAUCUCAACCACGGGGCCGCCGGCGUCUCGUGUGGAGGCGUCCAGCUGAGCAGCGGCAGAAUGACGGCGUUCUACCAGCCGAGGAGGAGCGUGGCGGUGGUGCGGGUGAUGCUGGCAGGGUCCGGCGUGGAAUUGGGCGGCGGCGCGGCCUUUUUGACGGCGUUGAGAAGCGCGGAGAGGAGGCAGAGGGUGCCGUUGGUGGUGAAGGUUGAGGCGCCGAUUGUGUUUGAAGUGGGGUCGGCGAAGACGUGGAAGAUGGUGAUCAGAUUGAGAUGCCUCGUCGUUGUUGAUGCUUUGGCUGAAAAGGCCGAGAUUUUUGACAAAAAGUGUGGUCAUACUGUGAGAUUAUGGUAA